AUGGCUGUAGGCAUGGAGAAUUCUUCACCCAAGCUAUGGGCGAGCAUACAUCAUGCUAAAGCUCUUUCGAAAGUUGUAUAUCAGAAUUGUGCAAUAUUACUGUACAUGGUCAUCCAUCGUCAUAUCUUAGUAGUAGGUCAUAUAACUGCACCACUUAGAUAUAAGAUGAGUAAUGUCUUGGCUUCAAUGUCUCAUCGAUUUCUAUCAACGGCGCCACAGCCGGAAUCGAAAUUACCGCAGCGUGAGACGAAAAAAAGGUAUGCGGAUAUAAUAAAAAAUGUUAACGAAGAAAUAAAAAACCUACCGCAAACCUAUGCAGUCGUGUAUGUUGGUGGUCAUCAAUUCAAGAUAACAAGAAACGAUAUCAUAGUCAUAAAUCAAAUUAAAGCGGAAGUAGGAUCCGAUAUUAUUCUAGAAAAGGUGUUAGCAGCUGGCUCCAAGAAUUUUACUUUAAUUGGUAGGCCUCUAAUAAGUAAUAAAAUAGUCAAAGUCUCUGCUACGGUAGCAGAGCAUACUAAAACGCCUAAAAUAACUGUAUUUAAAAAGAAACGUAGAAAAAAUUACAAACGAACCAAAGGUCAUCGACAGAAUGUCACCGUUUUACGAAUUAACGACAUCGAGUUACGCUCAGAAUUAUCAUAA